UGUUUCUUGAUGUUUACUAUCAUUGUCUUAUUCACUUGUAAGUUCAGACGAGUGUCAUGGUGAUUAGAUGAAGUGUACUGUUGGAACGGCCAGGCUAGGAUAUCCAGGAGAAAUGGCUUUGCAAUGGACCCCGCUCAGACGCAGGGGAGGUACCUUGGUUAGAGCCCGACAGAACGUUGAAACUUUGGAACACCAAACGCAGGCCAACGUCUUGCUUGCUUUCAAGUUGAGCAUGGUAUCAGGGAACGGGGUGAACUCAGUACCUCGCCCUAGUUACCGGACCUACCGCAAGAUGGCGGACGCCGGGGUGCAAUACGAACCCCAGGACGUCGAGUUCAAUGGAAAUAGAGACACAGAACUGGAGUCAAGCUUCACCAAUCAGACGGUCGCUGAGAUCAACACUUCAGGAAACAUCUCUGAGCUGGACCAACCAUCUUACAACAACACAAACUAUGAGCAUCGCCCGUUGUCACUGCAGAGCUCUUCAAGUUCGUCCAGUAGCAGUAAUGAAGAGCGAGGGGAGAAAAAGCGGACUUUGAACCCGAGUGAGCAAAUGGAUGUUGACGCUAUUUGUGUCCAACAAAGUGCAGUCGAGCUUACUUCACCUGCGGGGAAAAACAUUGAACUGACCGAACCGGAGAAAAUAGACAUUCCUGAGAAAGAAGAAUCAAGUUGUGGUUUGGACUGUCUGUACUUUACAAUGCAAUGUUGCGAGUGCACCAUUCUGUAGAUUGAAAACUCAACAACGCACAACAGAAUCUCUAUGUUUUGCUGAUCUUUGUUAUGUAUGUUGUUUCAUUAAUCAAUUGUGAUUUUUCGAUUCCACAUCGCUCUCUAUUCGUACUGUGAAUCGUGUGUGGUUUGAAAUGUGAUAUUUUUGUAUGACUGGGAACUAUGAAAGCAACUAAGUUGCACGACUGUUGAGUUUAUCUGAACUAAACAAGCGAGACAUUGUUUGUUCUAGAGAUAAUAUCGUUCCUAAUGUAAGUGCAAAGCUAAAAAGUAUUUUACUUGUUAAAGUAAUCAAAGUUAAUUUAAAAUAUAUUGUUAUUUGCUUUGAGUAUUUAUUGAUUUUGUAAUUUGAAGAUACAUUCUGUAUUAAGUGUAUAUUAAUAUUUUUGUGGCUGAAUGCUGUGUCUGUAAAUAUGAUUAUGUAUAAACUGUUAUCACUUUAAGGUU